AUGCGUUUAAGUCUGUCGCUAUGGGCUUUUUCUGUCGUUUGCAUCUUUGCAUCGGACUAUCCUCGAGAUCCAUAUGCGACUUUGGGAGUGUCGAAUAGAGCUACAAUCAAGGAGAUUAAAAGAGCUUACAAGCAGUUGGCUAGGGAAUGGCAUCCCGACAAAAACACCUCUCCAGAGGCUCAAGAGCGAUUUGUAGCAAUUAGUCGAGCCUAUGAAUUGCUCUCUGAUCCUCUGAGACGUGAACGUUUUGAUAAGUUUGGUGCUGUCGAUGAAACCCCGCAGUCCGGUCCUCAAUUUAACGGAUUUGCUGGCUUUGAACAUUUUUUCGGCGGUUUUGGGGGUUUUGAAGAUGGUAUUUUUGGUAAACAACGCAUCUCAUUGCGUCAGUAUACGCAUUCUAUCCUAGAGAAGAGUCAUACUCAACCAUUCCUUCUUUACGCUUAUUCCAAUUACUGCCAACUAUGCUUCCGUCUA